ACAACGUUGCAUUAAAUAUUCUCAUCUCAUCGUUAGAAAGAAGAUUUGGUCGUCAUGGAUUGUCGUCUGGUACUUUGCUUGGUCAUCAUUGGACUCGUUUCUCACCAUCAAGUCUCAGCCCAAAGUGGGUCGUGUGAAGGGUGCUGUGACUGCGGCUAUAUGGAUGGCGGCAUGGAUGGCGGCAUGGAUGGCGGUUGUUAUUGCGAUCAUGUAUGCACGACAUUGGAUCUUGAUUGUUGCUCCGACUACACAACACAUUGUGUCGACACAGUCAACCCUUGCGAUUCGGCACCCUGUCUGAACGGUGGAUCAUGUGACAGUGUGACAGUAGUCAAUAACCCGAUCACACGACAAGAUCACGUGUACGCAUCCUGUUCCUGUCCUUCUGGGUAUUCUGGGGAGUUUUGCUAUGAGUUCGACCCGUGUUGGUCCUCACCGUGCAUGAACGGUGGUGAAUGUAUCGCCCUGUACUUCCGUUCCGGUGUACCUUAUUAUUGCGGCUGCCCAUAUGAUUACAACGGGUAUCACUGUGAAGACUUCGACCCGUGUGCAUCCUCACCGUGUUUUAACGGUGGUACUUGCUACCCGGACGAAACCGAUGGCGACGCACCUUAUUCUUGCACCUGCCCAUUUGAUUACAAGGGGGAUAACUGUAAAGUCAACAACAAGUGUGUGUCAUCUCCUUGCCUCAAUGGUGGAACCUGUAUUAAUGAGGUAAAAUACGACAUCUACAGCUGUUCCUGCCCAAACGGCUUUAGUGGAUAUCUCUGCGAAUCGAAGGUUGAGAAAGUUCCUUUGAUAGGAGGAACCUGCGAAGGAAAAUGCGGACUUAGCGAUGGAGAAUGCCGUUGUGAUUCAGGCUGUCAUAUAUUUGGUCAAUGCUGUGUUGACUUCGAUGAGUACUGUGGGUCAGGAUGGGACCAUUGUUUUUCUGCACCCUGUCUGAACAAUGGGACGUGUGACAGCGAUGGAGACUCAUUUUGGUGUUCAUGUCCACAUUCAUAUUAUGGAGCAUAUUGUCAAAGUCAAGGAAACGAGAGUAACCCUUGCCUUUCCGCACCGUGUCUGAACGGUGGGUACUGUUAUAGUGAAUACUUAUAUAACUCAAAUGACACAUAUUUUGAGUGUAGAUGUCGAGAUGGAUACGAUGGAGAAUAUUGUCAAAAUGAAAUAAUCGAGAUCGACCAUUGUAUGUCUGCACCCUGUCUGAACGGCGGGGAGUGUAGCAACUUGGAAGAAUCAUUCUGGUGUUCCUGUCAAGAUGUUUACUAUGGAGAAUUUUGUCAAAUUGAAAAGAUCGACCCAUGUAUUGCUGCACCCUGUCUGAACGGCGGGCAGUGUGGAGACACAUAUCCUAUGUGCACCUGUCGAGAUGGAUACGAUGGAGAAUAUUGUCAAUAUGGAUUCGGGCCUGACCGUUGUGAUUCUGCACCUUGUCUGAACGGUGGGCGGUGUUCUAGCGGUCGAGAAUCAUUUUGGUGUUCCUGCCGUGAUGGAUAUUAUGGAACAAUUUGUGAAAAUGAACCCAUCGGUUGCGAUUCGAAUCCGUGUGUUAAUGGAGGACGGUGCGAAGCAUCGGGAUCCAUCUAUUUCGGAUGUGAAUGUCCUUUUUGGUUCUAUGGGGCAUUUUGCGAGAGUGGGGGCUAUUAUGAAUGGGAGUACUAACGAGUCACCUAAUAGGUUUAUAAGCCUAUCAUGAAUUAUUAACGAUAACACGACUGUAGCCUAGAAGCACUAUGAGCAUUGGAAAAUGAGGAGGCAGACCAAACAAUAAGAAAUCAUCUAUUCUACUGUGACAUGAGUAACAUUUGAAGAAAAUUUAAUUAAAUCAAUUCAAUUUAUUGGCAUCAGUAAACAAAAACAAAUGAAGUAUAAAUCAUCAAUAAAGAGUCAAUAUUAGGCCAAGACCUCUAAGAAGCCAUUUGCGCUUUUAAAUGAAGCACCCUGUCAAGUGAAAAACAAUAUUGGGUUAAAUUACAAAAUAAAUAAAACUUACAAGGUAUUAUAUGUAGGUUUUUUUUCCUAAGCAUUCGAGCACUAAUGUCACAUCUAAAUUUCAAAAUCUUAGAUGAAGACUUUUAAAACGGAUUGACUCUGAUAACCACUUCGUGGUCAGAAACAUAUCUGUUUAUGUCUCAUCUCUUAUUUCAAUGGAUUGUAAAAUGUUUUGUUUGACUCAAUAAAAUAGCCUAUGGAGGGCUAAAACGUU